AUGUCUUCCUCAGAUUUAACAUACCAUCUACACUCUCACAUCUCAUCCUCACACCCCCAACUUCGGGAUUCUGUACUUCCAUCCCUGCUCUCCUCAAUCCACACCAUAGCCGGACACCUCCGGACUUCUCCCUCAGUAACACAAGUCGGUACUGCCAACGCCUUUGGUGAUGACCAACUAAACGUCGACGUCCUAGCCGAAGAAGCCAUCCGAAAAACCAUUGCCUCAUGCCCAGCCAUCGUAACCGCAAGCAGUGAGGAAGACCCCAUUGAAAAGUCAUCACCGCCCAGCAAUGAAGCCACCAAGUCCAAGAAGCAGUACACCCUAGCCUUUGACCCACUGGACGGCAGUUCCAUCAUUGCACCAAACUGGAGUGUAGGCACCAUCAUCGGAAUCUGGGACGGACCAUCUGCCCUGCAUCAAAACCCCGAUGAAGCACAAAUCGCCUCCAUUUUGGGUGUGCUAGGACCGCGGACAACUGCUAUUGUCGCGCUUCGACUUCCUGGAUCACAAGGGACAUGUUUUGAAGUCGGAUACUCGGACGAUGGCACUGUAGAAGUCAUUAGAAAGGACAUCAAACUUUCCGCUCCGCCUUUCAAAACACGAUACUUUGCACCCGCAAACAUGCGUGCAGCUGCCGAGUCACCCGCAUAUCUGGCCCUGAUCAACAACUUCAUCACACAAAAGUACACGCUUCGCUAUAGUGGUGGGUUGGUUCCGGAUGUUGUACAUGCGCUGGUCAAGGGACAUGGUGUUUAUGUGUCGCCUGUUACCGCGCAGAGCAAGGCUAAACUAAGGAGGCUGUAUGAAUUAGCGCCCAUUGCGCUUAUUGUAGAGUGUGCAGGGGGCAUGGCGUUGGACUCUGCGACAGGAAAGAGGGUGUUGGAGACGAGUGUUGAGGAUACCGAUGAGCGCGGUGGUCUAAUCUGCGGAAAUACGGAAGAGGUAGAAGCUGUAAAGAAGGCACUCCUAGGAUGAUUUGGUUUGACUGUCUGUGAGCAAAGAUCACAUGACGAGAUCUAAGGUAACCAUUUUAAUAUAGUCUAUCAAAGAUGGUCUCAUAUUUGCUAGUAUUAAUCUUACAAGGACGAUUAUGUAGCAU